CGCGAUUCACGGAUUCAAUAUUCGCGUUCAUCUCCAUUCUCUUUUCUUGACUGUGCUCCAAAGUAUUAUUUCUAGGCGGUUAUUUGUAGAAUGCCGGUUUGUUGUUGCGCGACUCUUGAUAAUUAUCAAUGCAAGUUUAUCGUGGGAUUAUAAGAGACGGAAAAAGUCAAUCCUGGUGGAGGAAGUCGGUGCUUCUCGCCCGCAAAGCAAACUUUGUGCAAUUCAGGCCGGUAGCCAAUGCAAUAUUUUUACCUUAGACUGCAAUUGCCACCAAAAGGAAGAAAAGCGACGAGGCCCGUCCCUCGGAGAAUAAACAGCGGGCACUGAGCAAAAUUGGAUAAAUACGAUACGGCUUCUGUAAUCAAUCAUGUCCGACUUCGCAAAACACGAAGUGCCGUCGGAUACACAGGACACUUACUUUGAAGAAUCGGAAUCAGAUUCUCAAUUCGUCAAAAAUCAAAACAACAGUAGCAGCUUUAACGAGAGUCAGGAUUUUCAUCUGAUCGACACCGGAGUGUCCCAAGAGUUCGCAGCUGAAUUACCUGAUGGACCGAUUAAAGAUUCGGGAGCAAUCGAUACCGAGGAUGUGAGUAUGGAAAAGGAGAGUGAACUCGCAGAGAAGGCAGUGGACAACAAUGAAAAUAAGGAUAUUUUCGACAACGAGAAUCAAACAAUGGAAGGACCAGAAGACGAUGAAGAUGUCGUGCACGGCACUCCACCUCACUGUCUCUCAUCGCCAUCAAAAAAGCUCUCGGCCAAUGCAGAUGUGAACUUUCUAAAACGGAAGGCGGGCUCUUUCAACGAUUCUCUGGAGAACGAAGUGACGUUUAAGAAGAAUAGAGUCGAUUUAGAGGAUAAAUUUCCGGACGAGAGUGAGGCAAUGGAGGCUGACACUGUUCCCCUCGAUGGUGUCGAGGAUUCACAGAAAGCGGAAGAUUCACAGAAGGAAAUUGAAACAGUUGAAUCUGUGAUAAUUCCGGAAACUCAGGAAUCGACGCAGGACACACAACCGAUUGAGGAUGAUGAGGCGUUAAAGGAUUUGGAAUCUGAGACUAUCGUCGAAGGUGAGAACAAUGAUGAAGAUCUUGCCAAUAAUCCGGAUUUGGAGAAUGAGAAUUCGUUGGAAGAGGAGUGUGAACUCGUGAAUGAAGCGAUAGAUGCUGUCGAUGACGUCAAAGUGUUACAGAAUGACUCGACCUUGGUCAAUGACGGAGAUUUAAACGAAUCGAAGAAUAUUUCCGAGGAUAUUGAUUUUUCUGGUGAUGUCAGUUUCCCCGAGAAUGAGGACGUGCAGGGAAAAGAGGAAACAGAGAAGAAUUUGGUGGAGGAUUUGGUUGAGAAAUCGAAUGAAGUUGUUGAUAAGAAAUCCGAGGUUUUGGAAAAUGAGACUGAUUUGAAGAAUGAUAAUCUUGAGAAUCAGGAGGACAUUCCAAACGAGAAUAAUAAAUUUGAGGAGACGAAGGUGGAUAAAGAGUCAAAAGUUGAUGAAGAUAAAGACGUUGAAGAGGCUAAAGUCGAUGAAGAGUCUAAAGUUAAUGAAAAGACUCAAAUCGGUGAAGAUACUAAAGUUGAUGAAGAGGCUAAAGUUGAAGAAAAGGCUGAAGUUGUAGAAGAAACCAAAGGUGACGAAGAGACGAAAAUUGACGAGUUGGAAGAAAAGAUUGCAGAAUCCAAUCCCGUAAUCGAGGAAGAUAAAACAAAAAGCAUAGAAGACACUUUGAAGCAAUUGGGGGAAGAAAUGGAUACCGUGGAACAUAUGGAACAACCGCUCACAGAAAAAGAAUCCACAGAGUCAGAACUUCUCGCUGCUCUGACCGAUUCGGACACGAAUGCGGAUCCUGAGGAAGGACCUGAAAAUAAGGAAGAACCUGAAAAUAAGGAUGAACCUGAAAAUAAGGAAGAACCUGAAAAGAAGGAAGAGCCUGAAAAUAAGAAAGAAUGUGAAAAUAAAGAAGAGCCUGCUGCAAAUAAGGAAGAACCUGAAAAUGAGGAAGAGUCUACUAAAAUGGAAACUGAGGAUAUUACCGAGAAAGUUGAAGCGAAAGAAGAGGAAGUAGAAGAAAAAAAAGUCGAAGAGAAGGCUGAUCUGAAGUCUCGAAUGAGCAUAGAAGUGAUUUACGACCGUUCAUCCCUGAGCCAAGCGAAACCUGCCGAAGUUGUCGAAAUCGACGACGAUGGUGAGAAGAUUGUUUUGGAUUCUUCCCAGGAGGACAGUGUUCAGCAGCCCGGCGUUUUAUCAGAUAUUGCAAAAGACGAGAGUAUCUACAAGAGUUGCUACGAGAGUAAAAGCAACAGCGACUUUAGUUACAAGUCGGUUGCUAGCAAAGAUUCGGCGGACGAUCACAAAUUGGAAACUCCUCUGACAAAUGGAAGCGAUUCGAAAAACGCGACCGCAAGUGAUUCCGACGCGAAGGAUACGAUUUCCAAAACAAAGUUGGAAUCUGCUGGAGUUGCUGCCAAUCCACCGUUUUAUGUCAUCAGCGAUGGCGAGGGAGAUUCGAUGGUGGAUGAUGCCAAGAACAAAUCCUCAAGCGAUAACGACACACUUCCCACUUCGGUGAAGACAAUGCAGGUGGAGAAGGACAUCAGUGUUUGCGUGCGAUUGAAGUGUUUGGUGACGAUUGACGAGAGCACGAAGGAAAUUUUGGGUAAGGAGUUGCUGACGGUAAAUUGUGAAUCGAGCGGUGAUCAGAUCCGACAUAUUGACACCUCGACAUCGCUCGCGGAUAUUUCUGGAAAUGACAACAAAGACAGUUCGCCCGGUUCCGUGACUUCGGCAACAUAUCCGCGAUUUUCGAUAAUGUCGACCUCAACCGUGAGCUCGACAACUUCGUCAUCGAGUGCCGGCUCGUCGAAGGCUUCCGGCCAAGACAAGAUAUUUCCGGCGCCGAAAGGCCCGGCAAAGCACACGAAGAAAGUCCACCUUGAAUUGGAUCAGUUGUCCAAGGAGUGGAAGAAUUGUCAUCUGGUCGCGAUGUCGGUUCUGAAUUAUGCCAAUUCGGAAUUGAGUGCCGUCGAUUUGCAGAAUGGGGUUGCUGAUGCAUUGUACGAGCCUUUGAGGAAGAUGCAUGCAUCGACGCCGGAAGCGAGCAGUAAAGAGACGCCUCAGCGGAAUGCGAAGAAGGGAAGACCGCCAAAGAGAUUGCAGCGAGGCGCGACGCGAAAGAGGACGAAAGUUGUCGCGAAAAUAUCGCCGAAUGUGAUUAAUUCGAUUCAGGAGGACAGUGAUGAUUUGAGUUUGUCGAGCGUGAAAGAGACGAAGAGUAAAUCGACGACUGCAGCAGCAACAGCAGCAGCAGCUGGUGGUGGAUCGUCGACGCCAGUGAAGAAAUCGGUGGAGGGAUUGAGAAAUUCGGCGCUUCCGGCGGCUGCCGAGACGGACGAAUUGAUGGGCAAGGAAGUCUUUGCCAAGUGGUCGGACAAUCAUUAUUAUGCCGGGGUUGUGGUGGACAAGACCAAGGCGAAAUAUAAGGUGAACUUUCUGGAUGGGAAGAAUAAGCAAUUGAUACCGGAAUUUAUCGUGCCGAUUCCAAAGACUCUGAACAAGGGACUUUCUGUUUACACUCUGACCAAGGAUGGUGAUUAUGGACCUUGCGGGAUCAUUGUUGAUAUCCUGGAGUCGAGUAAAGAGACAAAGUAUGUAGUUGAGCCGGAUGAGGGGAAGAGGAUCACGGUUCAGAUUAAGGACAUUUUCUUGACGGGGGAUCAAGCGCAGGUUUUGAAGGAGGAAAGUUUGUCUGGACUUAGUAGUGUUCCAUCAACUCCGCAUUCGAUAUCGAAGGUAUCCCUGGACAAUAUGAUUGACGGAAAAAGGCGUUCGAGACGAAAUACCUCGACAAGCAACACUCCCAAAUCGAAAAAAUCUCUGACAAGCCUAAUCAACAAAACAAUGGAAGAUGAACCUUCCGUUUCAGGAGUGGCUUUCAAAUCCAAAGAAGCAGCCCUUUCUGACAAAGAUGGAGGAAAAUCCAGCGAUUCUGGUCUGCCAGUCGUGGAGGAAACUGGUGUCUUUGGUGUGCAGAAAGAAAUCGUGGGAACUUUUUGUGAACAGGUGACCGCGAAGGGUCCGCAGAGUCGACUCAAGGGAAAACAGCGUAGCAGAAAAAAGCCGGACGAUCUCGAGACCAUCGCCUUGCUGGGCCCGAUUCCCGAGUCGAAAAUAUUCGAAGGAAUGUCUUUCCUCUUGACUUGUGCUUCCUUGGAAGGUAUCGACAAAUACCACUCGGACAAUGGAGAUUCAACAUCAUUCUCAAACUCGGAAUCGGGCACGGACAAUGAGGUGGACUGGCAGAGUCGACCUUUCGUUCGAGACCGGUUGGAGCAACAGCUGAUUGCCGGUGGUGGCAAGGUUUACGAAAAUUUUGAUCAAUUGCCGGCGAGUGAAUACGAGAACACGAAGCUCAUCACGAAUGUGCCAAAUCUGACUGCAAAAAGUUUGCUCUGUCUUUCGGUUGGAAUUUCUGCCUACAACCACUUGUGGGUCAUUCGCUCCUGUCAGGAUAAUAAAGCCGUGAAUCCAUCGGAAGAAAAAUUACCGGCUGGAUGGAGUAUAGACAGACGAUGUUACGUCGAAAUGUUCCAUCGGCGUGAACAAAAACCACUGACGCAUAUUAUCGCUGUGAUUCCCUGCAAGGAGAAAGUGGACAAGGAUUUUGUUACAUUUUGGAGCAGAAUUUGUAUGAACGCAGGAGGCCAAGUUAGAGUUGUGGACAAUGAAGAAAUUAGCUUCGUCGAAGGCACGGUGGUUCUGACAAAUGACAGAUGCCCGAAGUGGGUGAUUGAGAAAGCCAAAAAUUGGGAUAUUCCACUGGUUUCUACCACCUGGCUCGUCCAGAGUCUAAUCGAGGGCAAAAUUCUUCCCUACGAUUUGCACAAGCGUUUCAAGCCCUUUUAAAAAGUUUCCAGAGCUGAAUUCAAAUCCCUUAAAUGAAAGGUCUAUCUCUACCAGAUUUUUUCGAAAUGAAUUCAACUAUCUUUAGAUAUGUAAGAUUUUUCAAAGUCUUCUUAAUUACGUGUUUUUCUGUUAGUUCUGUUUUCUAAUACCGUAAUAUUGUACAGUAAAAGUCAUUUUUUUCUUUCGAAAAUUCCAAUACACAAAUAUACAACUUGCGGAUUUUGGCUCAAUAAUCUUAAUUGAUCUAAAAUGUGUAAUUAUUUUCUUAUGGUGCGCAAAUGAUUUUAUGCACUCUUUUCAAUGAAUCUUUUGAUAUAAAUAAUAAGUUCAAAGAAAUAUAAAUAUUGUUUAUUUACUCAGCUACCCGUGUGGCUGAGUUUAAUCGUCGAAAUAUGUGUAAGUUUAGGAUUAUUAUUUUUAGCAGUAAAUGUGCAAAAAUUACUGUCAGUUAAAAAUUUAAUCCGUCUAGCUGUCGAUAUAAUUUUUUUUUUUUUAAGUCGUACGAGUAAAAAGCCGUUGGGAUUUCGUGAUAUUUGUACAUCGCAGUAGUUACACGCAUGUAGAAUUAAUAAGAAUAAUUAUAGCCGCUUUAUCAACUUUUUGUUUUAAGAGCCUUAAAAUUUAUCCAAAAUGUAGAUUUUUAAAAUAAAUUAUGUUAUACGCAUUUAGUACUUUAAACGAAAAAAUAGGAAUAAAAUCCUUUCAUGAUUUCGUAAGAAUUUAUGGCGUUUAUAUAAUUAAACUUAUUACAUCUGAAGAUACCACGAAAUUUCAGAUAACUUCUAUUGAAAAUAGAGAAUAUAAAUUAUCAGCUUCACAGGAAUUGGUGACAUAUUUUUGGUUUUCUACUCUGAUUCUCAAAGCGCAAAGUUCUUCUCUGCGAUUUUUGUCGUGUUUUUUUUUUAAAUUCUAGUUUUAACCUUUUAUAAACACAAUUUGUAAAUUAUAUAUAUAUUUUGGGGCGUUUUUAAACUUACUGAAUUGUAAUCUCAGCUUUUCAAUUGCUCAAAUUCUUAAUUUUCUAAUAAAUAUCUUUGAUAUAUUUAGAAGAAACAAUCAUUGCUGAAUGUUUGUAUUUUAUUUGUAUGCUGGUUUCUACUUUUUAUGACAAACUUACAAAGGAUCUCCUAGAUUUUGUAUUCUUUCACUUGUAAUCGUAUAUUUUUACUAUAUUUUGAAGAAAUAUACGCCAGAAAUGUGUACAAUUAAAGACGAGAUGUGUCAAAAAAGAAAAAAAAAUGAUUGAACUCUCAGCGAUAAGGUGGAAAUAAAAGUCAUCUUAAAAAGAUAUUGAAUAAGCUAUUAAUCGAACAUAAUUGCAUUUGUAUAUGUAUACAUAUAUCACAAUCUUUAUUGUAUAAGUAGUAGUAAUUAUGUACAAUUUUUGGUGAUACAAUAUACCAACAUAUUUUGGCAGA